CGAAACGCUUGGUCAACGUUUUGCAUGCGAUGUGGCCGAGGCGGCGGUCCAAGAAGCGGCCGCAUGCCACAGCCCAUCCGCUGCCUCCUGUGACUAGUUCAAUUCUACCGUCGCCUUCUACAUCUACUUCAAAGAACCAACGUACCGCCGUCGACGCCGGCGAUGUUUCAGUCGUCACCAGUCGAGACUUCAUUGCGACUCAGCCGUCGUACCACACCCUUCUCACGUAUACGUCGCUUGUAAAGGACCACACACUGGACCUUCGCGCUGGCAACUUCAUCGAGCGUAGUAAAGCCAGAUGGACAUCACGACACCAACGACCACCUGACACGGUGGUGGCACGACAGCGUCUGGAAGUCUCCGCGGCGUUGACGAUUCAAUGCACGGCGCGAACAUUUCUUGCCAAACGACGGCUUCACUCGACUCGAACGGCGUGCUUAGACCUCCAGCGACAACGUGCCACGUACAUCUCGGAAUGGCGCAGUCCGCUCCAGGCGGCAUGGUCGUCUGUUGUGCGACGUCCACCCCGCACUGCACCGUUUUUGCACGUGUUGUUUCCACUGGAGACUCGUCGGCCAUUCUCCGUUCCAUCCACGUCGGCGUACUAUACACUGGCUGCGAUACUCCUUCAGAGCCAGCUCCAUUUUCGCACGGCAGUUCGGCGAGCGCGUUAUGUCCGUCAGCCACGCCCCCUACGCCUCUUCAUCACCCAGGCCGUCGUGCAAACUUGUACUUUGGUGCACUUAUUUCGGCAACACGUCGGUGCCUACGCGGCCCUCGUGCUGCAAUGUAAAAUGCGCUCGCGAUGGGCCAUCCGUCGGCACUCCCACCUGUCCCAAGUUCGACGACGCCAUCGAGCUGCCCUCGUGAUUCAAUGCGCGUAUCGUUGUCACCUAGCCCGGCGCGCGGUGGCCGCCCGGCGGUUCGCCACCGCAGCCACGACUAUCCAAUGCGCCUAUCGAUGCCACGUUGCUCGUCAGCUUGCCAGGCGGCUGCUGUAUCGACGGUGCGCGCAAAGGUUGGUCCUUGCCGUGAUGGCGUGCACGAUUCCUGUGGUCGCGAUGACGAUUUCCCACACAGCUGCUCGUCGAAUUCAGCGAGUCCAGCGCGGCAGGGCAGCGCGCAGUCGGUUCCGAACACUCGCUCUCAAGAACGAGACCACGCGGCUGAGGCAGUCACCUUUGCGAGGGUACAUGUUGUACGCGCGAGGAUCGUACUACGAUGCCGCGCUGCUCCUCGAGCAGAGCUUCUUGGCGGGUUAUGCAGAUGACGAGAACAACGACGAGAUGUUCUGGGUCAAGUUUGGCACGGCGCAUUUCUAUUCGUAUGAGGCAACAGGGGACCGAAGCCACCUGGAGAAAGCGCUCGCGGCCUUUCAACGGCUCUUUCCCAAAGCCAGCGACGUCGAUCGACCUGCAGCGGAGAGAAAUGGUACAGGCAACAACCUGUCGCCCUCCUCGCGGCUCGUCUUGGGGCUAGUCUACGCCACGGCGCUGUUUUUCAACCACUCGUUUGGUCCUUGUUUGGCACUCUGCGACGAAGUUCUAAACGUGCGCUCAUCGCCUGCCCUGGACAAGGAAUGGGUAGCCACGGCGCACGUCCUGGCAUCCAAUGUGUGCUUUUUCAACCAUAAGUUGGACGCUUGUGCGGCACAUCUCGCAGCAACGAUUGCACUGGGGCCACUCAAGGCAUACUCGGAGUUGGCACUUCGUUACAUGCUCGCGACGGUUUAUGCACUCUUAUCCAAACAAAACGAUACCGAUGUGGCAGCCACGACGAUGGCCCCACUGGCAAUUCCUACGGCUGGUGGAACGGCGCCCGAAGGAAUCCUUGUGAAAAGGGACGACGAGAAUGUCGAGAUUGAGCUGAACGAUCGCGAUCUGUUGAAUCGCGAUGGCGUGCCCGACGCUGCCGUGGAUCACGCCGACAUGGGGGGCAAUGUACCGACACUACAAGAUGCAGCCAAAUCGAGAACGCCAGAAGCAGGCGAUGGCGCCCCCACAACGACUCUAGAACGUCCCUGUCGUGUCCCAGAGACUGAAGCGCAACGGUACCACAGGUUGUCGGAAAUGGAGUACGCCAUUUGCUAUUCCAUAGUCGAGCUGUGGCCAGACGUUGGAUUUUACCAUGGCGUGAUGGCUCCAGCAGCCGCCGAAGCGAAGUUGCAGCAAUCACCGGGAGGAACAUUUCUUGUGCAUCGAAUCAAAGCAUCGUCGCCGCACGUCUACAUCAAGGUCAAGUGGGACGAUGGCGCGAUCACGACGAUGAAGGUUACCCGGGGAUCUACUGGCGAUGACACCGACAAGUUCUACCGAAAUCCCAACAGCCCCGACGCCACAGACACGACGUUGGUAGGGUUUUUGAGCAAGUUGCCGCGAGCUGCCGGGAUCUCUCUCCGGCAAGGACUGCGCUGCCGUCAGUCGCCUUCGCGCAGAUCGGCAGGAACAGCAGCGUUUGGCGUCGACUGGACGCAUUGGGAACAAUGGUAUCUCACCGACCAUGCUUGGCUGCAUGCCGCUCAUUUGUGGGAUCAGCACUCCGGCUAUGUCUUUUCAAAUUUCCUCGCGUCGACAUGUCCAGCGUUUUUGCAGUACCAGGCGACGAAAGCAGCCCAGGAACUGACAAAACGAAAAAGCUGUGGCAAUGUCGCGCAUCCAAAACGAGCCACUAGCACGGGAUGGCACACUGCCAAACGCAAACCGUUGACCAUACCACCCGCGACGUCGGAGGAACUUCGUGCGCAAGGAGAAGCAUGGCUUGUUCAAGCAAAAGCGGCUCGCGGGAUCGGGAAACUCAUGGACAGCCUCAUUUGCAUUCAAAAUGCAGUCGCAAUCAACCCAACCUACGAAUGCAUUCGUCGCUCGUGGUCGUCGAAAGCGACGACAAACCUUGCCGCCGCCAUGCGCCGCGUCCAAAAGCUCGAUCGGUUGUGGAGCCGCGCCCUCGCAUUCGACACGUACACUCCAAGCACGCGCGGGCAACCUCAAGCCGAAGCGUUGUUGCUGGAAUGCAUUUAUCGCCAGCACUUCCACGCCCUCGCGACAGUCGACGUGCACCGACGCCUUGUCCGUGCCCACAUUCGCGCCUACUGCAUGGACGGCUUCGACCUCGCUCACUUGGACAUGGCGUUACGGUCCAUGGAUGCCCUCGCGGACGCGUAUCGGAACCAACAUGCGUCGUCGACGGCGGCAUUUCCAGUCCCGGUUCCUCGGCAGUAUGGCCCGUCCGUGCCCUCAACUGCCCCCGCUCGUCGAAUUCUGCCGUCCACGACGUUGAAGCCUGUGUCGCCAUCAAAGAAAACCAAGAAGAAGAUGUCUUCAGCGGCAUUGCAGGCGACAGAAGCAUCUACCCCAGCGGAAAAGCCCGAGCGUACUCUUCCGCCACCCGAGCAAAAAGGACAAGCAAAACGACCAAGGUCAUUGCGAGUUUCCACCAUCGAACCGCACUGGCCUGUGGAGCUGCUCGCGGAAAUGGCGGAAGUGACGUAUCGGUCGCUCCAGAUAACUCGCGCCGUCGAUUCCCUUUACGCGCUUGCCAAACGCAUAUCGAACGCACCAGCGUACACGCACUUGUUUCGCAACACCCUUGUGCGCCUCGCGUUUCUGCUGGCACAUCGGCGGCAGUUCGAUCGAGCAGUCCGAAUAAUGACACACCUCUUGCACGAGGUGGAUGCGGCUCCUCGGGACCCCGUCGUCGCGGUAUCGAUUCCAAAGUGGCCCGUGGCAAUGCCAUUCGAGUUUUCGACAACAGACGUCCGGUUCAUGCGAGGCGUCGUGAUGGACAUGGCAGCGGAGGUUGCUCCCGACGCGCAACAGCGCAACCAAGAAAAAGCGUGGGCUGACUUUGCUCCGCUGCACAACGAUCUCGUCCGACAAGUGCAAAAGAUGCUCCGGGAAGAGCAAGCCACGACCAACUCGGCCGCAUUUCGCGAAACCCACGUCAGCGGCGUAGUCGUCACUGUGGGCGAGUGCCACGGCUUGCACAUCCCCAACAUCCUCGUUUCGAACGUUCGCGUAGUCGUUGUAAUGGACCACCACCCUGGGAAGAAAUGCCAUAGCGGAGUGUCGACGGCCGACCCGCCGUCGUGGGAGACUAUGCAACCCAACUGGAACGACCAAGUCGUGUCGAUCCCUGCCUCAACCAAGCACUCGACGGUCACCGUGCUCGUCGUCAACAAAGUCCACCUGCGUGACGUUGUCAUGGCGUCGAUGACUCUGCCGCUGUCGACGCUCUUUGCCUGCGGUCAAAUCGCGAUGAAGCCGUGGCGGUUGCUCUCGCCGACGACGGACCACUCGUCACUCUCGCCACACAGCACAACUCAAGCGGCCCCGACGCUUGGCCUGGCGUUCCAACUCACGACGUUUCGCCCGCAGUUUACACGCGACGAUAAAGAGAAACGGGACAUCGCAUUCGCCCUCGGAGAUUUUCUCAACCAACCAUUUGUGUGGCACUCGUACGGUGCGCGGUUCGUCCGGGUGUCGGAUCACUUUCUCGCCCGCCACUUUUUGCUCCAAGCUCUGCGCCGCGUCCCUCUGCCGCACGACCUCCGAGCCGUUCACAUGAUGCUUGAUGUUGCGCGAUGUGACUUGGCGUGCCGAGCCGGCCACCCCUGCGCAAAGCAGGAUACGGUCACAAAGUCGCGCCCUGCGUCCACCGCGGUGGAGUGGCUCCAAAAGGCCCACGUGGCCGCACUGAUGCUCGAGCCGCGCCACAUACACGUUGAAAAUGCCAUCUUGGACGUCAUGCAGCAGGCCAUGAUGCAGGAGUCGCCAUUCGAACGCAAACUGGACGUGUGCAUGACGCAGCCGUUGGAGGUCGACUACAUUGCCGUCACAUCGGAGCAUGGCCAGUACUUUGUGAACAAGGAGACGGGCGAUUGCAUCCUGGACGAACCGCUGGGGUAUGAAGCGCAAGUUCAGAAGCCGCCGCUAAGGCGCAUGGUCGUGUUUAGCGACUCGAUGAAGCAGCGCGUGCUGCGACUGCGCCGUGAGAUGAAAGUUGCCGCGGCCGCCGACUCCGACCAAUGGGUCGCCAUGUACGAUGAAUUCCACUGCCGCAUGUUCUACGUGAGCCAAGUGCACUCGAUGCAAAGCUACACGACGCCGGCUCGCUACGUCAUGGUGGGCGACGAAAUGACGGUGUACAGCGUCCUCGUCAUCCAAGACGUGUUUCGAACGCGGCGCCGACGGGCUCGACUCCGACGCCUCCUUCGCCGAGCAGUUCGAGUGGUCGGCGUGGGGCUGUACGUGCAGGCAGCGUGGAGAGCUCGCGUGAAAGCACGAGCUAUUCGAGCCACCAAAGUUCCGCUGACGUGUUUGAAGGUCAUCAUCCACCGGGCCGAGGGACUCCGCGCGGCCGAUCGCGUAUCCAGCGAUCCGUUUGUGCAGCUAGACCUUCCUGGCUGCAAGACUCGCCGCACAGCAAUUCGAAAAGCGACCCUAACGCCGGAAUGGGACGAAGUGUUCCACAUGAGGUAUACGUGGCUUAACCACGAACUCGCCAUGCAACAGCACCAAGCGCUGCUUGCGGCCGGGAAGCAACCAGGCAGUGGAGACGGCGGCGCCGACGGACAAGAAAUCGAGGACACGGUCAACCUGCGAAGGGUGCGACGCCAGCUCGAGCACAACCUGGCGCUCAACGACGGAACACUCGACGGUGAGGACAACGCAAGCGAGCGUGACCAGAGUGGUGACGACGAUAACGAGGAGAAAAGCGUCAGCGACAACGAUGGGCCCAUGCUAACCCUGACCGUGUACGACUACGACGCGCCAAGUCGAGGCAAUGUCGAAUCGUCCAGUGACUUUCUCGGCCUGGCUACGGUGCCCGUCGAUGCGCUGGACCACGGCAAAGCCAUCUCGGCGGCGCUCACGCUUCGCGAUGAAGAUGGGUACCUGUCGCCUCGGCCCCGAGGGACGCUCGACAUCACGGUGCAGUGGAUUCCGCAUGUGUUUCCAAUCCGGCUGCGAUCUGCGCUGGUCGCCGUGCACGCCAUCGCUCGAAUGGACGGUUUGAUGCGACGCACGUACGCCGAGCGACGGAAGACGCAGGCGCCGCCCAGGAAGCCGAAACCAACCAUGUCGGACGAUGAACGCAUGCUCCUCGAGCUCAUCACGUCGACGUGGCACGAUGCGCUCGUCAAGCUCGCGGAUGCCAUCGUGAUGGCGGACCAGUUGCAACGGCUCAUGCUUCGAUUGCAAGACGCUCGUAAGUCGCACACGAACGCCGAGGAAGAAGAGCAUAUUGAACGACGAUUGAACGCGGUAAUGCGCGAUCAAUUUGGCGGCAAGCGGCAAGCUGUGGACGUCGCUAUGGGGGUCGUCGCCAAGGGACUGCGAAGGUUUGCAAGGACAACGAUGGACGAAGUGGUGGCGUAUGUCGGGAGCGGCACGGACGUCAUCCUCCAGGAGAAGAUCGCGCUGUGGUUUGCCAACCUUGGAUACGUGGCCGGUCAGUCGACACCGCGCCGUGACGACGCGCCGCCACCGCCAGCCACCGAGACGUACGAUUGCAUCAUGCAGUUUGUGUUGUCGCAGAAGGAGAAGUUCGUGCUGUGGGAAACGAGUUUGCGUGGGGUUGUCGAAGAGGGGUUUGUCGACGGCAAGUGGGCAUAUGACAUGUCGAAAGAACUCGCGAUUUGCAGGAAGAUCGAAGCCACGUUGGGCGAUGCACCGACGGACGUUCCGCAGAUCUCGUUUGAAGAGGAAGAGCGCAUCAAGCAGAGGCAGCAUGUGAGGGCCAAGAAGCUCGAAAAGCAAAAGAAGCGCAAAAAGUAGACGCAAUUGUAGGACGUAGCGUUGGGCGCGCGAUGGCAACGUCCAUCGCUUCGACUCGAUUGCGACGAAAUUGCAUUAAACUCGUUCCCGGUGAAACGACUAGAGUGCACAACCCACCUUGC